AACCAUGUUUUCCAUUGAGAGAAGAUCUCGUCCUUUGGCAUUCAUUAUCGUUGUAGUAACCCUAACGUUAAUGUAUCUCUCUUUCUAUCGGAACACUUUUGGAUUUAUGAAUACUGUCCAAAGGACACUACCUGAAGACAAUCCAAGUGAAAAUGGGGGCUUGGAAUCUUUUUCAAAAAUUAAGCAAGUUAAAAAUAAAACAAUUAACUGUCGUGGUAAGCAGCAAAAUAUAAUACAGAAUAUUUUUAGUCGUGAUGAUAAAGGAUGGUAUGAAAAUCGUGAAAUUUGUGACUCUUGUUUUGACUUUCCUAAAGCUACUUUAAAAACUAAAUUUGGACCAACGCCUAUCUUUGUAUAUCCGAGGGAUCAGGACGUUUGGGUCUCAACUUCUCUUCAAGAUCGCGGUACAUUUGAAUCUGAAAAGUCGGAAAUCAUUUUCAAAAUGAUGAAAGAUGAUCCCGAAUUACAAAUCAUUGAUAUUGGAGCCAAUAUUGGUGUAUAUACCCUUAGUUGUGCAAAAGCUGGUCGUAAAGUUUUAGCUGUAGAGGCGCUGGACAAAAAUAUGCAGCACAUCUGUGCUUCUGUGAUGGAAGGGGGGUUACAGAACAAUGUCUACCUCAUUCAUAACGCAAUAUCAAACGGACACAAAGUUGUUAAUCUUGGAGUGGAUAAAAGUAACAUGGGUGGUACGUUCGUGGACGAGGAUUCAAGCCAUAUCAAGGAACUUAAAUUAGGUCGGGCUCAAGGUACAUACGGCAAAGUUUAUACCAUAACUAUGGAUGACCUGUUAGACCUUCCAGCCAUUAAACACUUUAAAAAAGUUUUUAUCAAAAUGGAUGUAGAAGGUUUCGAAGCACGAGCUGUUGAAAAAGCUACCAAGUUUUUUGAAAAAAUCAAAGUUGUUGGAUUCGUCAUGGAAUGGGAGUUUCAUAAAGGGCAACCAACUGCACAGAAAAUAAUUGACUUCAUGACAGCGCGAAAAUUUAAACCACAUGCGGUAAAUGUAGGAAAAACACCAUUAAAUCUCGCAGAGAGUGCAAAAUGGGGUUAUGACGUUUUAUGGCUUCCUAGCUAGUUUUUAUUGUGUCAGUUUAAUUAUUUUAUGGGUCCAGAUGUGUAUUAGAGGAAACUAUUUAUUUUUCAACAAAUCAAUACCGUGUCAGAUGGAAAUUCAACUAUAUUGUUAUGUACACAAUGUUCCCAGUGAGUUUUAUUCAUAAUUUUAUUGAUUCAUCAGAAAGUUGAUAUAAAAGGUAUACAAAGUACUGUAAUGUGAAAAAUGUCCAUGACUGCUUCGUGUCAAAGUGACCAACGAUGUGAAAAAUAUUUCAGUUCAGUUGGAUGACCAUUGGAAUAAACUUCUUAUUAAUUAACUCUCAGAUCGAAAAGAACAAAGGUCCCUGUAUGGAAGGAUAAAUGAUCCUCUGAGUUAUUAGUAUAAAAAUAUGUACGCUCUACACUGUGGUUCUCUAAACACUAAGAAGGAAAUUUGAAAUUGUAGUUUGAAAAGCGAAUGUAUUACCCGUAUGAAAGUUUUAUUCAGUUUGUUUACAUAUUAUAACAAAUACUUUCAUUUUCGACAAUUUGAACUACAUUUAUCACGAAGGAUGACUGACUAUAAUAGCUUGAUAGACUGUGAUUGCUGAGUACGAUGUAUGUGUAUGUGUAAGAAUGAAAAUAUGAAUGGAUUUGUGAAGAGAGACAUUGGUAUAAAAUGUUUGUUUUUGUUUAUUUCAGAUCUUGCAUGAUAUUUUGGGGGUAUUUUUUAAAAUAAAUUAAUUAGUAUAUGUUUUCCCAAUUCAUAUAAAGUUUUUCAGCAUUUCAUGAUCAACUUAAUAGAAGCGAUGCAAAAUUAUCUUCUACUUCUGUCUAGGGUACAGGACGUGUUCUCUUUGCUUUUUAAUUGCAAAAUAUUUAUUUGACCUUCAAUGUACUAGAUGAAGAUCUGAAGAUAUAGAUCUAGUGAAAAUAUCAACCUACACUGUAGACUUUUUUCUUGAGUUGUAGUAUACUGAAAUAUUUCACAAUAUUUCUUUGCUAUAGGAUGCUUGUAACAAGUGUAAUAAUUGUACUUUAUACUAUCUUUAAA